CUGCGCGAAAUAUUUGGCGCAUACGGCGAAAUCCAGGAACUGGAAAUGCCGCUGAAUCGCCAAUUCAUGACUAACAAGGGUAUCGCGUAUGUUCUUUACAGCAAGUCGAUUUAUGCCGAGGACGCCAUCUCACGGAUGCACGAAGCCCAUCUGGACGGCGCCAUGAUCUCGGUCUCUAUUGUUAUCCCA